AUGGAGGAGGCGAAGCCCGGUGGCGGAGCCACAAUGCAACGCAGUGAAAGCAUGAGACUAAAAGAGAAGAAGGUGAAGGAUUUGAUGGUGGAUAAGAAGAGGCUAGUGGAGGUGCCGUACACGGCGUCGCUGGCUGACACCAUGAAUACACUGGUGGCGAACAAGGUUGUGGCGGUUCCGGUGGCCGCGCCGCCGGGGCAAUGGAUCGGGGCUGGAGGGUCGAUGAUCGUGGAGUCUGAUAAACAAACCGGGGCUGUACGGAAGCACUAUAUAGGAAUCGUGACGAUGCUUGAUGUCGUGGCCCACAUAGCUGGUGAAGACCACUUGAGUGGUGGUGAUGAUAUCAGCAAAGAUCUUGAUCAAAGGAUGUCUGUUCCUGUCUCCUCCAUCAUUGGGCACUCCUUUGAAGGCCUUAGCUUGUGGACCCUCAAUCCCAAUACCAGCUUGUUAGAUUGUAUGGAAGUGUUCAGUAAAGGGGUGCAUCGUGCUAUGGUACCGGUUGAUGGCCAAGUGGAGAACGUGUCAGUUGGGGUGGAACUUGUAGAGUCUGCUUCUAGCUACCAAAUGCUUACUCAAAUGGAUGUGCUUAGGUUCUUGAAAGAUCAUGCUGCCGAACUGCAGUGUGUUAUGGCACGUUCUGUUCAAGAUUUGGGGGCUGACACUGAAAGAAUUUAUGCCAUCACUGAGCGCACAACACUCAUUGAUGCCAUAAAGUGCUUAAAGGCAGCUAUGUUAAACGCCGUUCCCAUUGUUAGAGCCUCAGAUGUUUGUGAAGAUGAUCACAAGCAGCAUAUAAAUGGUAGAUGCAGGAAGCUUAUUGGUACAUUUUCUGCUACUGAUUUAAGGGGAUGCUACUUAGCUACAUUGAAAUCAUGGUUGGGAAUAAGUGCACUAGCAUUCACCGAAGAAGUUGCAUCUAGUCCUCUGUACACAUCAUCUGACACACAGGAUAGAGCCUCUAGAAGGGAACUUGUGACUUGCCAUGCUGAUUCACCUUUGUCAGAGGUAAUUGACAAGGCUGUGACAAGGCAUGUUCAUCGAGUUUGGGUGGUGGAUCAAGAGGGUUUGCUAGUGGGGGUUGUGUCUCUCACAGAUGUUAUUAGAGUUAUGAGGCAUUCUCUGCUAUUAGAUUCAGAUGAUAUGUAA